UGUGUUGCCCUUGAUGGAAGCAACUAUCACCUGUGCUCUUUAUGGCUCAUACAGUUUAUCACAAUGAUACACAAUCAUCUAUAUAUCCUGUCAGUAUGUGUAUGUUUAUGAAUGGAAUUAAGGAUAAUUUAAAUAAUGAAAGUGUAGCCUACCCAGAGGAAACGUCCUGAAAGACAUACCACAGAUGAUUCAGCAUCCUUUAGAGAAGCACCCCAAGAGAUUCUGAAUUAUUUCAACGGACAGGGGAAAUACAAUUUAACAGAAUCAGCCGUGGCCAAAUCUUUCAGUUUUAUCAUGCUUGUACAACUGAGGAACUGAGAUGAUCGUUUUUGCGCGCGCACACCGAGUUUAAGAAGAGUUGUGCCAUGCGUAAAAGACGCACAACGGUUCCAAUGAAAGCUUGAUAAUGAGUCGAAUGACUCACAUUUCCACUUACGCAGCCGCCCAAAAUGAAAACACGCAACACAAACUGAGCCCACCCCGUCCAGGACAGGCUGUAUAUAAGUGGGAUGCGUGUGAGCAAACCCAGUAGCAACAGGAGUCACUUGGACGUUUGCGCCCUGGAGGACAGUUCGACACCCGCGUUGAGAUGAAAGGGUUUACACUGAACAAUGUUUGCCACUGUGGCUUAUUUGCUUAUCUUGUCUUAUUUCUUUUAUGCCUUUUACUGCUGCUGUGAGUUUUUGACUUGACUGAGCUUAGGAAUAAAGUUGCAAAAAUUAAAGUGAAUCCAAGAGGCAAUCUUUGGGCAACGGGACAUUUCAUGGAAAAGAGUGUGAUGGACACCCCACUGCUGCCUUCAUCUGAAGGGCAGAGCAUCCAUGCUCCAGAAGUCUCCCUGCCCGCAGAGCAGACCGCUCUGGGGGAGCUUUCAGAGUUCCUUCGGAUGGCGUUGGAGGCGCAGAUGGCUCCACAAGAGAGCCGCUCCGAAAGCCAGGAGGCGGACUGGUUGAUGAAGAUUUUAGAAAGCUAUAUCCAAAACACAAAGUGAUACAAAGGAUGUAGGGGUCUGGCACGCAUGAGAACGGAUCCGAGGUCACCUGGCCUCAGUGGUUAAAAUAAAUGAGUCACCCACCGUAAACAGUCUCCUGCUUAUCAUGAUUGUAAUUUCCUGUAACUGUCAUAUUCACAUCUCAUGUGUCAAUUGCAAUACAAGUAGAGGGUUUUUCAAUUUAUUUUCAUGAUGAUACUGAACAUUGUGUUGUUGUUUAAAGUUAUUUAUAUUAAAUAAAUAAUUAUUUGCA